UCAUUGUUUUUGUGUUUCAGGUGGUAAAGUAACUCUCCGUCUAGAGUAUGCAGAAUACAGUAAAGCCAUAACUCAGGACAGGAUGAUCAAACUGGUGGGUUUACUCAUCGAUGCAGAGACACGGGAAUUCUACCGAGCAAAGAAGACCAUCGUACUGGAUGCCCCUGAAAUAAUCAUCAAUAUCCUGGGUGUGCCAAAAGUGGGCCGGAAUCUGGUGGCAGACUUAGCGCUGCAGAAUCCACUGCCGGAGCCUCUGGAGAACUGCCUGUUCACUAUACAUGGAGCCAACCUGACGGAGGGCAAACCCAUCACUCAUGAGGUUGGAACAGUCGGUCCUAAAGAAUUUGCCAUUGCCAAAGUGGAGUUCACACCCAAGCUGCCGGGACAAAGAAAAUUAGUAAUCGAUUUUGCCAGCGAUAAACUUCACAACAUUGAGAGCUAUGAGAAUCUGGUCAUCUAUGAAUAAAUGAGCUGUUUUUACUUA